AAAGCAGGUGUGGAUACUUCUAGCGGCCAGUCAAGUGAUGAUGAUAGAAAAGUAAGUUGCAGCAGUUUCUGCUCGUUGAAGAUGGAACCACAAGAACAAGGGAACGCCUCUGCUGAUCCUCGUGAAGCCUCCUCAUCCGCAAGGGCCACUUCUAGCCCACGAAGUUCGCCGCAUCACUAUUUCAUCGGUUCG